GAGAGAGACAACAUUCAAGCUUGUGGGCCGCGCUCUUCUUCGUCUCCAAGGCCGGCAGAGGCAGAGAGGCACAAACGCUCCCUUACUUCACCUCCCGGCCCCUCAGCGCAAAAGGCUGAAUGAACACACUGGUCGACUCUCCCUGCACAAUUAGAGUAAUGGUAUUGCCUCCGUGGCCGGAAGGGGCGAGGCCUAGACCGGAAGGGGAAGCGCACGGCCGUCUUGGCAGCGCCCGAGUGGGUACCAUGGCCGUCCCCUGCGCCCUGAUUACGAGCUGCGCCGCGGAGUUCCCCGGGGAAGAGCUGGUGAAACGUAUCAUUGGGACAGAAGAGCUUCCAGAGGUUGUUUCCGAAGGUGGGGGAGCUCGGUUUUACCCCUGGACAAUAGACAACAAGUACUACUCGGCUGACAUCCAUCUGUGCGUCGUGCCAAACAAGUUUCUUGUGACAACCGAAAUUGCCGAAUCCGUGCAAGCCUUCUUGGUUUAUUUUGACAGCACAACAGUAUCUGGGCUGGAGAGCAUCUCGGGGUGGCUUCCCCUUGUAGAAGAGUGGCUACCAGAAGUGAUGAUCUUGAUCUGUGACAGAGUCUCUGAAAACGGCAUCAGCCGACAGAAGGCACAAGAGUGGUGCAUCCAGCACAGCUUUGAGCUGGUGGAGCUCAGCCCAGAGGAGCUGCCUGACGAGGACGAUGACUUUCCAGAAUCCACAGGAGUGAAACGGAUUGUCCAAGCACUGAAUGCCAAUGUCUGGUCCAAUGUGGUGAUGAAAAAUGAUGUGAAUCAGGGCUUGGGCUUCCUUGCUGCCUUGGCUGGCGCAAAUCACAGCAUUGGGUCAGAAGAGAACAAAGCUUCAGAACCCAAUCCCUUGCCAGUGGAGAGAGCAGAAUCUGCAGUGGAUGUGGGAGACGAUGCGUCUGGUACAGACGGCUUGCACACGGACACAAUUGCUGAUUCCAUGCUGGAUGUGGAUAUUCAAGAAUUGGCCAGUCUCACUGCAGGAGAGGGAGACCUGGAGAACUUUGAGCGACUCUUCUCCAAACUGAAGGAAAUGAAAGAGAAAGCAGCCACACUACCCCAUGAACAGAGAAAACUACAUGCAGAGAAGGUUGCCAAAGCCUUCUGGAUGGCCAUUGGGGGAGACAGAGACGAGAUUGAAGGCCUGUCGUCUGACGAGGACAACUAAGGACUCCAGGCUGGUAUGGAGCAGAUGGAGGUGGUGCUGCAAGUACCAGCCAUUGCUGGCUGCCCUCACUGUUUUUCUUUGACAAAGCCUUUGUUCUUGCAUUGAGUGCAGAAACUCUCUCUCUCGAGGCUCCUCCUGGCUUCUUUGGUUCACGUUCCACAGCAACGAACGAGCAAGCGUGUCCCUGUGUUCUGGCCAUCCGGUUGCAUCUCAGCAAAACCAGGGUCCAGCCCAAACAAAGAGGUCGUGAUGCCCUCUCUCUUUGGAACUGGCCCCUCUGCACACUUCAUUUAAAAGCAGAGACUGAGAUCGAGGAGGGAGAGAAGAGUAACUUGCCCAAAUAAGCUACAGUGUAUUUUGUAUCUUCUUGUCUUGACGAUUUAGCAGCCUAUUGUCAUGGUAGCAGGCACAGAGAAAGAGAAGUGGUGUUGGGCAUGGUUCCUUCACUCUUGAUGCACAGGCAGAUUCAAGUUAUUUGAUUGUGUGACCAGUGUCUUGUCGGCGCUCUCUGUAAUUGGGCAAAGUGAAUGAAGAUGCCGCGGAGGGCAGAGGCUGGCAACCCACAUGCUGGUGCCACGAAUGAGGCGGAGGGACUUGUUUCUGGAGGUCCUGCUGACAAACGAGGGCUAAAUUUGUGACUCAGAGUUGUGAUGGGGUGUGUGUGUAGGGCCCAGAGCCAGGAUUCAUUGAACACAACUGGGGGGCCCCAACGGUGUCUCGGCAUGAUGGGGUGCAGAGCCUGCCACUCGCCUUCCUCUUGUGCCAGAGCUCUCAAAUGUGGGACCCCAGACAUUGUGGGACUCCCGCUCCCAUCACCCCCAGCCACAGUAGCCAAGGCCCAACCACAUCUGGGGACCCAGCAACCCACAGCAGGCUCCUGAGCGGCUGGGAUCUCAUUCACCUAGAAAUGUAUCCAGCUUGUCCUCUGAAGAGGAGUUGUCUUCAGUCAAAAUGUUGUGUCUACCUCUGCUUUUCCUGGAAGGGGCAUUUUAUCUGACCAAUUAUCCAUGCUAGAACACAUGAUUGAUCUCACUGGAACAAAGGAACCCUUGACCAUUUUUGUUGCAAGCUUUUUUCCAAUCAGUUGAAGCACUUUAAGACUCUUCCCCCCGCCCCACCCAAGGCAUCACUUUAAAUGUGGGUAGCAACAGUAGGUAAUGAGUUUUGAGAAGCAAUGGGGUGGGGGGGUUUCCUUUUCUGCUUUUGUGGUAGGGCAGUGCCACGCUCUGCUGGGACUGAUCCCUGCAUAAGCCUCCUUAAAAGGGUAAGCAAGCAACUUCCAUUCAUUACGGGGGCUUGCACAGGAGAAUCUCUCAGUGGCCCAGGCAUUCAAGGGCCAGACAGUAUAAACCUGUUGUACCUUUGGGAUGUUGUGUAAUGUGAAUGGGCUGAAUAAAAUGUGCUUAAAAUACA